UCUCUAUUCAUAUAUAAGAGUUUAAAGAUGGCUGCUACCUUGAUGCUUAAGCAGACUAUUAAAUUAGGAAGAUCUCUUUCGAGAUCACUAAAUAUAAAUUUGCAAAGGGAAAAAUUAAUUCGAGAACAAUGCCAGCGACUUCCAGUUAUUUGCAAUCAUAUAAGAUAUUGGUCAUCUCAACCAGAAGCUCAAACUACAGAGUACCAUAAUAUUAUAAAAGAUACAGAAAAAUCUAUAGGUGAAAGUGCAAAGCAUGAAUUUCAAUCGGAAACACAAAUGUUGCUACAGAUUGUUGCAAAAUCUUUAUAUUCCGACAAAGAGGUAUUUGUGCGAGAGCUUAUUUCAAAUGCUAGUGAUGCAUUAGAGAAAUUACGUUAUUUACGCUUAAGUGACAACGAAGCUGCGCAAGUAGCUGGUGAUAGAAGUUUAGAAAUACAUAUAGGCACUGAUAAACAAAAUCGUACUCUCACAAUCCAAGAUACUGGUGUAGGGAUGACUAGAGAGGAACUAAUAUCCAAUUUGGGAACUAUAGCUCGAUCAGGUUCUAAGGCAUUCUUGGAAAAGUUGAAAGGAGAACAAAACGCUAGUGAUACUUCUAAAAUUAUUGGACAGUUUGGUGUUGGAUUUUAUAGUGCUUUCAUGGUUGCUGACAAAGUGGAAGUCUUUACAAAAUCUUUUGCAAGAGAUGCAGAAGGCCUUUGUUGGACUUCAGAUGGAUCAGGUACAUUUGAGAUUUCAAAUGCAGACGGAGUACAGCCAGGCACAAAAAUUGUUAUACACUUGAAACCAGAUAACCGAGAAUUCAGUGAUGAGAAUGUUAUAAAUCGUGUUAUCAAUAAGUACAGUAAUUUCGUUGGCAGUCCUAUUUUUGUGAAUGGAAAGAGGGCCAAUACAAUUCAGCCAUUAUGGAUGUCUGAUCCGAAAGAUAUCACGCCAUUACAGCAUGCAGAAUUUUAUCGAUUUAUAGGAAAUUGUCUCGAUGCGCCAAGAUUUAUAUUGCAUUAUUCAACGGAUGUGCCGCUGAGUAUUAAGGCUCUAUUAUACUUUCCAGAAGAAAAACCUGGACUGUUUGAUCUAGCGAGGGAUACUACUAGCGGAGUGUCACUCUACAGCCGAAAAAUUUUAAUUAAAAGCAAAGCAGAAAAUAUCUUACCAAAAUGGUUACGAUUCAUUAAAGGUGUAGUUGAUUCGGAAGAUAUACCUUUAAAUUUAAGUCGCGAACUACUGCAAAAUAGUGCACUAAUUGGGAAACUGCGAAAUGUAUUGACCGCACGUAUAUUAAAAUUCUUACACGAGCGAUCUACAAAAGAGCCAGAAGACUAUAAUGAAUUUUAUAAGGCUUAUGGCUUGUUUUUAAAAGAGGGCAUUGUCACCAGUACUGAUCAAUCUGAAAAGGAGAACAUAGGUAAACUUUUGCGAUUUGAAUCUUCUACUGCUGCUCCAGGAGAAUUGGUCAGUCUGCCACAAUAUUGCAGUCGUUUAGCGAAAGAUCAAAAAGAUAUAUAUUACUUGUCGGCACCGAGUCGGGCUUUAGCCGAACAGUCACCGUAUUAUGAAUCUUUAAAAAAACGAAACAUUGAGGUACUAUUUUGUUACGAACCAUAUGAUGAAUUAGUAUUGAUGCAUCUGAAACAGUAUAAAUCUAAUUUUUUGACUUCUGUGGAGAAAGAAAUGCGAGAUGAUACAGAGGCAAAUAAACCAGAAAAUCUAGGUAUUAUAAAUAAGGAUGAAUUGGAUAAUCUUGUUAUUUACAUGAAAAAGAUUCUUGAUAAAAAAGCAUACGACAUUAAAAUGACGAAUCGGUUGGAAUCACAUCCUUGUGUUGUAACUGUACAAGAUAUGGCAACCGCAAGGCAUUUUAUUCGUACGCAAAGCCAUCAAAUGAAUGAAGAAAUGCGGUAUUCUAUUCUUCAACCGCGUUUUGAAAUAAAUCCAAAUCAUCCUCUUAUCAAAAAGUUAUGUAAACUGACUACUACAGAUACCGAAUUAGCCGAUCGUCUAAUACAACAGUUAUUUACCGGUGCUAUGGUUGGAGCUGGUCUAAUUGAGGAUCCACGCAUUUUAUUGACUCCAAUGAAUGAAUUACUUACGUUAGCAUUGCAAAAAUAUUAAUAAUUGAUUUUUGUAUUAGAGGAAAGGAUCAUAUCGAUACCUCGAAAACAUGAACAGCCAACAUUGUUCUAUGACUUGGAAGUAAAAGAAUAUUUUCCUUUGUAUAUCUCUUUAUAAGUAUAAACAUUUCUUUCUUCCAUAUCACAGAAGAACGUCGAAUGUCCUAAGAUAUCGUAAUAAAGUACCAAUAAAUUAUUUUAUUAUUCAAUAAUAAGAUCGAUAAUUGUAAAAUAAAGAGGUAUAACUUAUUAUAGGCAAGAUUGGUUUCUUUAUUACAAUAGGUUGAUCUUGUACAAAUUAAUUAUAGCCUUACAAUAAUAACAAGUCAAGUUCCUCAGUUUCUUGAAUGAUAUCGAUAUGUAUUCUAUUAGCAGGGCUAGGAGUGUUAUGGCGAAUUUAGAAAUUGUACCCAUAUUUUUCCAUGUUUUUCUUUCACAAUCUGUUUUUAUAAAAACUUUUUCACUUCAACUGUUUAAAAGAAAGUGAAACAAUAAAUGGCAAGCAAUAAAUAAUUUUG